GAAGGAAAAGAGCAGCGCCCAUGCCUCCCACGUCCGCCACAGUGUGAAGACGUCACAGAAUGGGGCGAAUGGACCAAAUGCGAAAGCGAAUGUGGACAAGGGCAACAAAGACGGAAGAGACAAUGCUUGGCAGAUGAAUGCGAUGGAAAAACUGAGGAGAAACGACCCUGCUGGAUUCCUGGAAAGAUGGCUUGUUGGCUGGAAUGGUCUGAAUGGACCCAGUGCUCACAAACGUGUGAUGGUGGUCAUAGAAAACGACAGCGUGUCUGCCCUCUGUCCGGUGAAUGCGAAGGAGCCGCGUUCGAAGUUGCACAGUGCAACACGGAGCGAUGUUCAACGGGAGUAUGGGGCGACUGGCUCCCCUGCUCAGUUUCGUGCGGCAUUGGAUUUCAAAUUCGUGAACGACUGUGUGAAGGCGUUCUGUGCGAGACAGCAAACAAGCAAGCAAGGACAUGCAAUGAGCAGCCCUGCCCUGAAAAUUCCGACGGGUUUGUUUGGGAGGAAUGGAGCGAGUGGUCGGAAUGCAGUCAGACAUGCGGUGAAGGUUUUCAGUCGAAAGAAAGGAAAUGCAAGCGAGGUCUGCCCGUCUGUUCUUACCGUUCUACUGGCCCGAUACUUCAGAGUACAGAUCAGGCGUCCCCAUGCCCCAACCUGGAGGACAACGUACAGCGCGUCGUUGCGUCAGUGGGCCUUGUCCCGCGUGGGAUGAGUGGUCCGAGUGGUCAGAAUGUCCUUCUUGUUCCAAUGUUCACAGCCGGACAAGGGCAAGGCAGUGCGUCGCGCACUCAAGCGAAAGCAAUGCGUCAUGUGAAGGUUGUUGCUCAUGGCGGUCGCAUAGUUCCAAUCACAGAUGAAACAUGGGGUAACUGGAUGGAGUGGACGGAAUGCUCUCAAAGUUGCGGAACUGGCAAAAGAAGAAGGUCAAGAGUUUGUAUUGGGCACAACUGUCCACCUCAACCGCUCGAAUCCGUGAAAGAGAAGUGUAAUGAGCAACCAUGCCCUCCAGGUACUACGCCUUCAUAUUUGAAGGCUUCACGUCUCCUUCUACCGUCCAGAAUUUCAGAAUCGCUUUGGUCAUCUUGGACAGCCUGGACAACAUGCUCCGUUACUUGUGGAGACAAUGGCAUCCAGUCGAGACGAAGAACAUGUCUUCGAUCUUCUUUCUUUCAGUGUGAAGGCCAGCCGAUACAAACACGAUCGUGCUCGGCUCAGAUCUCCUGCGUGCCAUCCCAGGCGAUUCACCCAGUAAGCGUUCCAACGUGGUCAGAAUGGUCGUCGUGGUCAUCGUGCUCGUGCUUCACGUUAAUGGAAAGCAGGCGACGAUUUUGCCUGGUUUCGGACCCAGCCGUUCAAGGUUUCUGCACAGGAGCCAUACUCGAUCAACGACCAUGCGCAGCAAGAUCAUGCGCAGCUUCCCCUGGAGGAUGGUCGGGAUGGUCAGAAUGGUCUUCAUGUUCAAAAGACUGUCAGGGAACUGGACACCAAAUUCGUAAUCGCAUGUGCUCCGAGCCGCUUCCAUCCAACAGGUGCUUCUUCAUGUACACACUAGCAGACAAACGGGCAGAAGCAGCAAUGCGAAUGUGUGCUGGGGUCAUCAAUAAGGCUCCAGGGCAUUCGGGUAAUUCCACAUCCCCCCUCCCCACCACCAACCAUUCACUUUGUUCUUAUCUUAUCUUCAACCGCGUUUUCAGAGCGAGACUGCAUUUUAGAGGCUCGUACUGCGUCGGCUACUCGUUCGAUCAGCGUCCGUGUACCUCAUCAACGCCUUGUGGUGUUCGCGUUGAUGGUGGGUGGAGUGACUGGAGCGAAUGGAGUGACUGUGGAGAUUCCUGUGUCAACGCACAUCGAAGUCGAACAAGGUACUGCUCGAAGCCGCGUCCCUCACAAGGAGGACGGCCAUGUUUCGGAAGUGAUUUUGAGCUGCAGCCGUGUGUAAAUCAAGCCAAAUGCCGCAACUCGGUGAAUGGUGCUUGGGGAAUGUGGUCUGCAUGGAGCGAAUGUCCGGACGGAUGUGGUUUCGCCAUACAGUCACGGCAUCGUGCAUGUAAUAACCCGGCUCCAUCAUCGGGUGGAGAGGCCUGCCACGGUCUAGCCCAUCAGACAUCGGUCUGCGGCACUGAAUCAUGCAACGGUUCGCACAUUUUACGUUCAUUACCACACCUGCACAGUGUCCGCGGGGUGUAUCUCUUUAUAGAGUCCACGGAUGGUGAAUGGUCAGCGUGGAACGAGUGGUCGGCAUGUGUAGGCAAUUGCGGCUUGGGUUCAAGAACGAGGGUGCGUGCGUGUGUCUCACCUCCGCCAACUGAUGGAGGAGUGCCGUGUUUCGGCAAAUCGUCCGAAAGUGAAGAGUGUCAAGCAGAAAGCGCUUUUUGUAGUCGAUUCCUCCAUCAUGCAGACAUUCUUGACGUAAGAUUACUGCAAUCAAUCCAAUAG